AUGAUCACCCACACAACUCAGCACGCUACCAGAACAAUCACAGGCAUUUUCGAGAUUGACAAGGGCUUCCCCAUCCAACGCCACUCUUGGGCCAAACACACCACCGUGACAAAGAACAUCGCAUUCAACAUCCGUGCUGUGUACACCAUUGGGAACUAUGACUACAUGACGACUUACCAGUUCCAUCUUGAUGGUUCCAUCGAAGUUGCCGUCAGAGCAUCGGGCUAUAUCUCAUCAGCAUUCUACGCUCAAAACGAAGACUACGGGUUCAAGAUCCACGAUAGUCUUUCCGGGUCUCUGCAUGAUCAUGCCAUCACCUUCAAGGCCGAUUUCGACAUCUUGGGAGAGAAGAACUCUUUACAAAAGGUUUCCAUUCAACCCACGACUGAGAAGUACAAGUGGUCUGACGGCCAGUCAAUCAACACUAUGAAGGCAGUCAAGAGCUUCAUUAAGAAUGAAGAUGAUGGGAAAAUCAAAUGGUCGCCCAAUGGCGCAGCGAUGUAUGCUGUAGUCAACACAGACAAGAAGAACCCUCAUGGCGAAUCUCCAGGAUAUAGGAUCAUACAUGCGACUGGUGUUGCAUAUCUCACGGUUCAGGAUUCCAACAUUACACAGAACGCUGCGCACCACACGACGCAUCAUCUCUACGUCGCUCGGCAGAAGGACAAUGAGACAUACGCCGUUGGAGCGUUCAAUUCGCUGAGCCCUGAAGACCCUCAGGUUGACUCUGACAAGUAUUUUAACAGUGAAUCGCUUGAGCAAGAGGAUAUUGUUGUUUGGUUCAAUCUGGGAUUGCACCAUAUGCCUCACACUGGCGAUCUCCCCAAUACCGUCUUCUCUACCGCACACUCGGCUAUGAUCAUUGAGCCAUUGAACUACCUUCUAGGUGCUCCCUCGCAAGCUAGUUCGCAGCAAGUCCUGAUCAAGACCACGGAUGGAAAGCCUAAGAUCACUACUUCGGGGCUAAGAAUGCCACGUGCCCGAUUGACCUGGCUCAGCUUAACCCAGAUCUAUCAACGUAUUCCAACAGCAUCAGCGUUCUUAAGUACCCCUUUGAUGGAUCAAAGCCAGAUCGCUCUUGAGAGGAUUGUGCAGUGUUGGAACCGCAAGACUGAGAUUCUUUAA